CGCCUCAGCGUUCGGGGUUGUUCCUGGGCCGCCAGCCUCGCGUGGUCUGGUCUGGGGCGCUGCGUCCGUCGGCUCUAGGAAGUUACGCAGCCUGCGGCGGUAAGACCCUGCCCGCGGAGGCCUUGGCUGCGCCGGAGGGAACCGCAGCAUCCAGGGGACGACAUGCCAACUGCCAAGCAACUAGCUGACAUUGGCUACAAGACCUUCUCCACCUCCAUGAUGCUCCUGACUGUGUAUGGGGGCUACCUCUGCAGUGCCCGAGCCUACCGCUAUUUCCAACGGCGCAGCUCCCAGCGCCAGGCUGCAGAAGAACAGAAGACCUCAGGAGUCCUGUAGAACUGGAGGGCUUUUUCCCGUGAGCAGAGGCUUGAGGCAUGCUGUGGAAAAACCUCACCUGUAAUCAUUUCCAAUUCAAGAAGACUAGGGCCUUAAUGGUUUUCAAGCCCUGCUGGGAAAAUGUGCCUAUGUUUUCUCUGGUACUGCCAGCUUGGGGAGGCUGUGAAUCAUAAUAGGAAUGGGAGGGUGAGGCACACCUACAGGCAUUAAAUAUUUUGCCAUGUCUGUG